CGCAUACGUGGUCAGAGUUCGUCAGUCUCGAUCGGUCUUCGAGUAAAAGAAGAUUUAUUCGUACGCGAUAGGAGCGUUCAAUCCAAAUUUGAUCAUUCGAAAGAAUGUGAAGAAAACGACAUUUUUCGAAAAAUAAGAGAAAGAAAAAGGAGACUAUGGCAAACUCUUCAUCGAUAAACACCAGCUUCGAUGACGCUGAAGAAAUCGGAGCUUUUAAACAUUUCUCUCGAUCGACUACCAUAUUUGCUGCCAUUUGCGCGAUAAUCUUCAGUAUUGUUGGUAUAAUAGGUAAUUUGGUGACAGUAAUCGCGCUACUGAAGUACACCAGACUAAGACGACACGCUACAACGGCAUUCGUGAUAAGUCUUAGCGUCUCUGAUCUAAUUUUCUCAGCUGUUAAUUUACCAUUGACGGCUAGCAGAUAUUUAAACGAAGCUUGGAUCCUUGGCGAUGCUCUUUGCCAGAUCUUCCCACUUUUCUUUUAUGGAAAUGUUGCUGUCUCGUUGCUGAGUAUGGUAGCGAUUACAAUCAACAGAUACGUACUCAUAUCAAGAUCGGAUAUCUAUGCUGCAAUAUACACUACUAGGGGUAUUGUAUUGAUGUUAAUCGCCAUAUGGACCCUUAGUUUCUCCCUUUUGAUACCCCCUUUGGUAGGCAUCUGGGGUAAACUCGGAUUAGAUCCAACGACCUUCUCUUGUACGAUUUUGAAGAAAAACGAUUCUAGUCCAAAAAAGGUGCUUUUUGUCAUAGGCUUUAUCGUACCCUGCGUAGUUAUCAGCGUUUCUUAUUUUUGUAUUUACUGGCGCGUAAGAAAGAGUCGAAAGAAUUUGGAAGCUCAUGCUCCGGGAGGAAGAAGAAAAGCCGGUGGUGGAUUUCAAAGGAGAGAAGACUCCAGAGUUACCAGACUUAUGUUAAUUAUAUUUUUGUGUUUUUUAACUUGUUUCAUGCCGCUUAUGUUAGUCAACGUAAUCGACGAAAAAAUUAGCAUUCCAACGUUGCACGUGAUUGGUUCCAUAUUAGCUUGGGCAUCUUCUGUUAUAAAUCCUUUUAUUUACGCUGGUACCAACAAAUUAUAUAGAGAAGCUUACAAACAAAUCUUAUGUCCCGGCUCGAACAAAGUACCAACGACUAGCCCGAAACCAACACACUCGCACUCGAGUAAAAUCUCGUCACCCCCGUUAACGUGACUAACGUAAAUUCGAAUCUGUACAUUUGAAUUAAAUUCAAUCAUUCAUUAUGUCAUAUAUUAUUUUUAUAAUUUUUUGAAAUUAUAAUAAUUUAAGUUAUUACGAAGAUAUUGUGUUCUUAAUAGUUGGAUAUAUCAGCGCGAUCUUGUAAACAUAUCUUUUAUAUUUAAAUCAAAAUAAUUUAAAUA